AUGGACACCCAGCCUCCUCCCUUCGACGUUACUUUGUUCCUCUCGUCGCCAACCAUCUCCCUGUCCGGCGACCCUCCCUUUAUAGCCACAACAGUCUACACCUGCACGACCCUCCGCCCCAUAUACGCUCUCAUCAGCCUCUUCAGCGAUUUCGGCGACCACCUCGAAGUGCGAGACCCCAAUCGCGGAAGAUUAGCAGACAAGAGGAUAGGUGUCGUCCCAACCAUGGUUUUUGACGACUGGGAUGAAGAGAAUUUGGAUUUUAUCGACUCGCGACUCGUCCAUGUUAACCCUGGUGAGAAGGUGGAAACAACGUAUACUUUCUCUGUGGUGCCGAAGGCUAAGGGGUUGAGACGCUCCGAUACGGCUUCGAUGAAGGAGAGCGGGGAAUAUACUAUUGAAUUGGGGAAAAGAAAGUGUUGGUGGAUAGAUGCUAAGGAGAUGGUGGAGGGGAUGGGUGAGCAGGAGAAAAAAGAGAUGCUGAGACAACGGGGUAGUUGUCUGGUGUGGAGACCGACGGCGGGUAAGACACUUUUCAAGGCUGUUGCUUGAUGUGUUGUUGCGAAUCUAAUGGGGAUUAUGGGGGCUGAAAGUAUGUGUGAACUUGGGCAUCGAUACCAAUGGAUGCUCGCAGAGCAUACAAGACCCAGACGGCGGGCCUGGAAAUCUUCUCCCAAACACCUCCAAAUCAUUAAAUGAGUUAUUGAGAUUAUACAAUGUGUCAGACCCUAAGGCUCGACUGCUUCUCUUGCCACGAUUUCGGUUGUGAGAUCUUCAUUCUGAACAGGGAAACUG